GGCGUUCACGCAUACCGGAUCAUCUCCAUCGGCCACUGGAUCCACGGAUGAAACUCCUCCUGGAGGGACGCCCGCACCCCCUGGAUGAUAUGCGCGUAUCCCAUCCCCGCAUGAGCCAGGACGAGCGAAUGUAGACCAGGAACUCCUCCUGGAGGGACGCCCGCGGGCGAAAUACACCAGGCAUAUCAACGCCGCGGACAUGUUAGAUGCGCUGGCAGUUGUCAGCGUCCAACCGGCACAGCACGGCCGUCACGGAUCGCACGCCAACGGUGAAGUGAUCGUCCGCCUGUGCGACGUGCUGCGGCCGGGCGACCAGGUCAUCCUGCCCGUCCUGAGCCAGAUGGAGAGCCGCGAGGGCCAGGAUGAGGUGCAUGAUAGAGGGGAAGGCAAUGCCCCAGCGAGGGAGAUGGUCACCCCAGACGCGGUGCCUGUCCGGACGCUCCUCGGCGAGGGUCUUGUAGGUGGCGGUCACGUAGUUGAUGGUACAGCCUCAGGUCCGCGAACGAGCGGCCGCCUGACGGGCUGUUGCUGUUGCUGUUGCUGUUGCUGUCACUACUGCCAUUACUGGCGGCGAAAUCACACUGGACACCGAUGGAGGCAAUGCAAGGCAAAGAGAGAUGAGAUCAGCUUACUUUGACGCGUCGUUGCUUGCAAUUCCGACAUCCGGCUCGGGACUUGGUAUGGGAUUGGCGGGAGCGAAUCUGCAUGGUAUGGAGAGGAGGGGGAGAGAGGAGGAGAGAUGAAGAGAGAGGAAGAGAGAGGAAGAAAGAGGAAGAAAGAGAAAGGUUGG